CGGGCUGAAUCCGCCGUCCGCUGCUGCCGCUAGAGGCGCUGGCGUCGCGUUGGCCAGAGGCACCGUGCCUGUAGGUGUAGUAGGCCUUCAGUAGCGUCGAGUUCACGCUCCGUCCGCUACCAGGUACCCAGGGGUACCCAGCACCACCAGGAGGGCUAAGGCUGUUCCACAAGGUGUCUCUCUCUCUCUAAUCGACCCAACACUCAGCCAACAUGCCGAAGCCAGCUCCCAGCACCGGGGACGACCCCGAUCCCACUCCAUACCUCUUCGUGUCGCUGGAACAGAAACGCAUCGACCAGACCAAGCCCUACGAUGCCAAGAAAGCCUGCUGGGUCCCAGAUGAAGCCGAAGGCUUCGUCCAGGGAGAGAUUAAGGGAACCAAGGGAGACCUUGUCACAGUCGGCCUCCCCAAUGGCGAGGAGAAGGCCUUCAAGAAGGAGCAGGUCGGCCAGGUGAACCCACCCAAGUACGAGAAGGCCGAGGACAUGUCCAACUUGACCUACCUUAACGAUGCGUCUGUCCUGUACAAUCUCAAGCAGCGUUAUUACCAUAAGCUCAUCUACACAUACUCCGGCCUGUUCUGCGUCGCCAUCAACCCCUACAAGCGUUUCCCCGUAUACACCAACCGUUGUGCCAAACUGUACCGUGGUAAGCGCCGUAACGAAGUCCCUCCUCACAUUUUCGCCAUCUCUGACGGCGCCUACGUCAACAUGCUCACAAACCGUGAGAACCAGUCUAUGCUUAUUACCGGUGAGUCUGGUGCCGGUAAGACUGAGAACACGAAGAAAGUAAUUGCGUACUUCGCCACCGUCGGUGCCUCCACAAAGAAAGACGAGGCUAAGGACACCAAGAAGGGAACUCUGGAGGACCAGGUCGUCCAGACUAACCCCGUUCUUGAAGCCUUUGGUAACGCCAAGACAGUGCGUAACGACAACUCCUCCCGUUUCGGUAAAUUCAUCCGUAUUCACUUCGGUCCCUCCGGUAAACUUGCUGGUGCCGACAUUGAGACAUACCUGCUGGAGAAGGCGCGUGUCAUCUCCCAACAGUCUCUGGAACGUUCUUACCACAUCUUCUACCAGAUGAUGUCCGGCUCCGUCAAGGGCCUGAAGGAAUCGUGCCUGCUCUCCAACGACGUCAACGACUACCACUUCAUUGCUCAGGGAAAGACCACAAUCCCUAACGUAGAUGAUGGCGAGGAAUGUACUCUGACGGAUCAAGCGUUCGACGUCUUGGGCUUCAGCGCUGAGGACAAGUCUGACAUCUACAAGAUCACCGCCUCCGUCAUGCACAUGGGUGGCAUGAAGUUCAAGCAGAGGGGUCGUGAGGAGCAGGCCGAGCCCGACGGCACUGAAGAGGGUGCCCGCGUUGCCAAGCUGCUGGGUGUUGACUGCGACGAUCUCUACAAGAACCUUGUCAAGCCUAGGAUCAAGGUCGGUAACGAGUUCGUGACCCAGGGCAGAAACGUGAACCAGGUAUCCUACUCCGUAGGUGCCCUGUCUAAGGGUAUUUUCGAUCGUCUCUUCAAGUACCUUGUGAAGAGGUGUAACGAGACCCUGGACACCCAGCAGAAGAGGCAGCACUUCAUUGGUGUGCUCGAUAUUGCUGGUUUCGAAAUUUUCGACUACAACGGAUUCGAGCAGCUUUGCAUCAACUUCACCAAUGAGAAGCUGCAGCAGUUCUUCAACCACCACAUGUUCGUCCUGGAGCAGGAAGAGUACAAAAAGGAGGGCAUUGUCUGGGCCUUCAUUGAUUUCGGAAUGGACUUGCUCGCUUGCAUUGAGCUGAUUGAGAAGCCCAUGGGUAUCCUCUCCAUCCUUGAGGAAGAGUCUAUGUUCCCCAAGGCCACCGACAAGACCUUUGAGGAGAAGCUGAUGAACAACCACUUGGGCAAGUCUCCCAACUUCCAGAAGCCCAAGCCGCCAAAGCCCGGCCAGCAGCCUGCCCACUUCGCCAUUGGUCACUACGCCGGCACUGUGUCUUACAACAUCACUGGCUGGCUGGAGAAGAACAAGGACCCCCUGAACGACACUGUCGUCGACCAGUUCAAGAAGGGUACCAACAAGCUGCUGGUGGAGAUCUUCGCUGAUCACCCCGGCCAGUCUGGUGGUGGUGGUGAUGCCGGCGGCAAGGGUGGCCGAGGAAAGAAGGGUGGUGGUUUCGCUACCGUGUCUUCGUCCUACAAGGAACAGCUGAACCAGCUGAUGACCACCUUGAGGAGCACCCAGCCUCACUUCGUCCGUUGUAUCAUCCCCAACGAGUUGAAACAGCCUGGUGUAAUCGACUCUCACCUUGUCAUGCACCAGCUGACCUGUAACGGUGUGCUUGAAGGCAUCCGUAUUUGCCGUAAGGGCUUCCCCAACAGGAUGAACUACCCCGACUUCAAGCUCCGGUACAAGAUCCUGGCGCCCCAGGCCAUUGCCAAGGUCGACGACGAGAAGAAAUGCGCCGAAAUUAUCUUGAAAAACACCGCCUUGGACGAGGAGUCCUACCGUCUGGGUCACACCAAGGUGUUCUUCCGUGCCGGUGUCCUGGGUCAGAUGGAGGAGUUGCGUGACGACCGUCUCGGCAAGAUCAUCUCCUGGCUCCAGGCCUACAUCCGAGGUUACCUGUCCAGGAAGGGCUUCAAGAGGUUGCAGGACCAGAGGAUCGCCCUCCAGGUCGUGCAGCGCAACUUGCGCAAGUACCUGCAGCUGCGCACCUGGCCUUGGUGGAAGUUGUGGCAGAAGGUCAAGCCUCUGCUCAACGUCACCCGUAUCGAGGACGAGAUCGCCGCUCUGCAAGACAAGGCCGCCAAGGCCCAGGAGAACUUCGAGCGCGAGGAGAAGCUCAGGAAGGAGCUGGAGUCCCUCAACGCCAAGCUCACCGCCGAGAAGACCGCUCUGCUCAAGAACUUGGACGGCGAGAAGGGAGCCCUCUCCGAGUACCAGGAGAAGUCUUCCAAGCUGGCCGCCCAGAAGGCCGACCUCGAGUCCCAGCUCACGGACGUCCAGGAGCGUCUGCAGCAGGAGGAGGAUGCCCGCAACCAGCUGUUCCAGGCCAAGAAGAAGCUGGAGCAGGAGGUGUCUGGCCUGAAGAAGGACGUCGAGGACUUGGAGCUGAACCUCCAGAAGUCCGAGCAGGACAAGGCCACCAAGGACCACCAGAUCCGCAACCUCAACGACGAGAUCGCCCACCAGGAUGAGCUCAUCAACAAGCUCAACAAGGAGAAGAAGCUCCAGGGCGAGACCAACCAGAAGACCGGCGAGGAGCUGCAGGCUGCCGAGGACAAGGUCAACCACCUCAACAAGGUCAAGGUCAAGCUGGAGCAGACCCUGGACGAGCUCGAGGACUCCCUUGAGCGCGAGAAGAAGCUGCGUGGUGACGUCGAGAAGGCCAAGAGGAAGGUUGAGGGCGACCUCAAGCUGACCCAGGAGGCCGUCACCGACCUGGAGCGCAACAAGAAGGAGCUGGAGCAGACCGUCCAGCGCAAGGACAAGGAGAUCUCCUCCCUGACCGCCAAGCUGGAGGACGAGCAGUCCGUCGUCGGCAAGCUCCAGAAGCAGAUCAAGGAGCUGCAGUCCCGCAUCGAGGAGCUCGAGGAGGAGGUCGAGGCCGAGCGCCAGGCGCGCACCAAGGCCGAGAAGCAGCGCGCCGACCUCGCCCGCGAGCUCGAGGAGCUGGGCGAGCGUCUGGAGGAGGCUGGCGGCGCCACCUCGGCCCAGAUCGAGCUCAACAAGAAGCGCGAGGCCGAGCUGGCCAAGCUCCGCCGCGACCUGGAGGAGGCCAACAUCCAGCACGAGGGCACCCUCGCCAACCUGCGCAAGAAGCACAACGACGCCGUGGCUGAGAUGGGCGAGCAGAUCGACCAGCUCAACAAGCUCAAGGCCAAGGUUGAGAAGGACAAGUCUUCCAUGGUUGCUGAGCUCAAUGACCUCCGCGGAUCCGUCGACCACCUCACCAACGAGAAGGCCGCCACCGAGAAGGUCGCCAAGCAGCUGCAGCACUCCCUCAACGAGGUGCAGGGCAAGCUGGACGAGACCAACCGCACCCUCAACGACUUCGACGCCGCCAAGAAGAAGCUGUCCAUCGAGAACUCCGACCUGCUUCGCCAGCUGGAGGAGGCCGAGAGCCAGGUGUCUCAGCUCAGCAAGCUCAAGAUCUCGCUCACCACCCAGCUCGAGGACACCAAGAGGUUGGCCGACGAGGAGGGCCGCGAGCGUGCCACCCUGCUCGGCAAGUUCCGCAACCUGGAGCACGACCUCGACAACCUGCGCGAGCAGGUGGAGGAGGAGGCCGAGGGCAAGGCUGACCUGCAGCGCCAGCUCAGCAAGGCCAACGCCGAGGCCCAGCUGUGGCGCUCCAAGUACGAGUCCGAGGGCGUCGCCCGCGCCGAGGAGCUCGAGGAGGCCAAGCGCAAGCUGCAGGCCCGCCUCGCCGAGGCCGAGGAGACCAUCGAGUCCCUCAACCAGAAGGUCGUCGCCCUGGAGAAGACCAAGCAGAGGCUCGCCACCGAGGUCGAGGAUCUGCAGCUCGAGGUCGACCGCGCCACCGCCAUUGCCAACGCCGCCGAGAAGAAGGCCAAGGCCAUCGACAAAAUCAUUGGCGAAUGGAAGCUCAAGGUGGACGACCUCGCCGCCGAGCUGGACGCGUCACAGAAGGAAUGCCGCAACUACUCGACAGAGCUGUUCAGGCUGAAGGGCGCGUACGAGGAGGGCCAGGAGCAGCUGGAGGCGGUCCGCCGCGAGAACAAGAACCUGGCCGACGAGGUCAAGGACCUGUUGGACCAGAUCGGCGAGGGUGGCCGCAACAUCCACGAGAUCGAGAAGGCCCGCAAGCGCCUGGAGGUCGAGAAGGACGAGCUGCAGGCCGCCCUGGAGGAGGCCGAGGCCGCUCUGGAGCAGGAGGAGAACAAGGUGCUGCGCAGCCAGCUGGAGCUGUCCCAGGUCCGGCAGGAGAUCGACCGCCGCAUCCAGGAGAAGGAGGAGGAGUUCGAAAACACAAGGAAGAACCACCAGCGUGCUCUGGACUCCAUGCAGGCAUCCCUGGAGGCUGAGGCCAAGGGCAAGGCUGAGGCCCUGCGCAUGAAGAAGAAGCUGGAGGCCGACAUCAACGAGUUGGAGAUCGCACUGGACCACGCUAACAAGGCUAACGCUGAGGCACAGAAGAACAUCAAGAGGUACCAGCAGCAACUCAAGGACGUUCAGACCGCCCUGGAGGAGGAACAGCGCGCCCGCGACGACGCCCGCGAACAGUUGGGCAUCUCAGAGCGCCGCGCCAACGCCCUGCAGAACGAGCUGGAAGAGUCCCGCACCCUCCUCGAGCAGGCCGACCGCGGCAGGAGACAAGCCGAGCAGGAGCUGGGAGACGCCCACGAGCAGCUCAACGAGCUGUCCGCACAGAACACCUCCAUCUCCGCCGCCAAGAGGAAGCUCGAGUCCGAGCUGCAGACACUGCACUCCGACCUCGACGAGCUCCUCAACGAGGCCAAGAACUCCGAAGAGAAGGCCAAGAAGGCCAUGGUCGACGCCGCCAGGUUGGCUGACGAGCUCCGAGCGGAACAGGACCACGCCCAGACACAGGAGAAGCUCCGCAAGGCGCUGGAGACCCAGAUCAAGGAGCUCCAGGUCCGAUUGGACGAGGCAGAGAACAACGCCCUCAAGGGCGGCAAGAAGGCCAUCCAGAAGCUGGAACAGCGCGUCCGGGAACUGGAGAACGAACUGGACGGCGAACAGAGGAGGCAUGCGGACGCCCAGAAGAACCUGCGCAAGUCCGAGCGCCGCAUCAAGGAGCUCAGCUUCCAGGCCGAGGAGGACCGCAAGAACCACGAGAGGAUGCAGGACCUCGUCGACAAGCUGCAGCAGAAGAUCAAGACAUACAAGAGGCAGAUCGAGGAGGCGGAAGAAAUCGCUGCCCUCAACCUGGCCAAAUUCCGCAAGGCACAACAGGAGCUGGAGGAGGCCGAGGAGCGCGCAGACCUCGCAGAACAGGCCAUCGCCAAGUUCCGCGCAAAGGGCCGAUCUGGCUCCGCGGCGCGAGCACUCAGCCCAGCGAAACAGGCCGCACGCAAACUGGAAUAAGAUCUUACAACAACAAUCCCCCACCGGCCCCCCAGGUCUAUGCUUGGGGAAGGCGGCGCAUUCCCCCCGAGGUUCGACCUACACCCCGAGGGUGACUUCUAAGAACAUACCAGCUAUUUAUAUUUAAUGGACUGUGAAUGGACAUCUUACCGAGCACACCAGCAAAAGAGAGAGAGAUACAAAUUUUUUUUUUAUUUAUUUUGUAAGAGCGACUACUUUCCAACGGCAUGAAGAUUAUUAUAUGUAAGGACCGACAUAAUAACAAUGGCGUCUGUGUAUUUUAUAAUUUCCGUUUCCUGUUGAUAAAUGUAUUUAUGAGUAUAUAAUGAUUCCAUACAAGUCUGAGUCGGACACGUGUGGUCUGGUCGCUCGAGCUGCUAUAUGAAUCACACGUGUACAUCCGCUUCAAUUCAUAAAUAAACUUUAUAUCGUGAUUGUAUCACAACAAACCAA